UGCGCGUCACGAAGCGUAGCGCACCACCAUCAACAACCACGCGUCAUUUUAGUCAGCUAACGCCGCACGCUCGUGCUGUUAUAAAUAAUAGAUGUUUUCCGUGGAACAGUGGUGAUUUGUAGUUUUACAGUUGCUGGCUGUGUGCGCGCUGUACUACGCUGUAUUUACAUGCAGUUCCUCGCGCCGCAGAAAGAGGCUUUUCGUAGUUUGCUGUGUGAUUCCAGCCAGCUGUUUCCCGCCUUGAAAGACAUCCGAUCAGCUGCAACCACACACACGCAGAGAGGGGAGGGGGGGAGAGCAGCAGAGAGAAAGAGAGAGGAAGGGAGGGAGACGACGGAGAGCGCCACACACAUACACACACACUCUCGCUCUCUCUCACUCGCGCGCGCGCACACACACACUGAGGGAACCCCAUCAGCUGGGAGUAGAGUAACAUUACAACUCCGUGCACUUCAUACAUAUGCACACACACAGGCAAGCACAACCUGCAGAUUCUCGUGGGCGGAAAAAAACACACUCGUUGCAGCGCGUGACGGGGCCAGCAGGUUUCCCACGCGGGGAGUGAUACGCAAGGAUAUAAACAGAGGAAAGCAAAAAAAAAAAAAAAAAAAAAAAAAAAACCGCGGCAGAAACCAAGGACCCAAAAAAGCUGGGGAGGAAAAAGCAUGGAGUAUUUCAUGGUGCCAACUCAGAAGGUGCCCUCCUUGCAACACUUCAGGAAAACGGAGAAAGAAGUGAUCGGGGGUCUCUGUAGCCUGGCGAACAUUCCCCUCACCCCGGAGACGGCUCGUGACCAGGAGCGGCGCAUCCGCCGCGAGAUCGCCAACAGCAACGAGCGCCGGCGCAUGCAGAGCAUCAACGCGGGCUUCCAGUCGCUGAAGACUCUCAUUCCCCACAGCGACGGAGAGAAGCUCAGCAAGGCUGCCAUUCUCCAGCAGACAGCCGAGUACAUCUUCUCCCUGGAGCAGGAAAAGACUCGGCUGCUGCAGCAGAACACCCAGCUGAAGCGCUUCAUCCAGGAGUUCAGUGGUUCUUCUCCCAAGAGGAGGCGCACAGAGGAAAAGGAUGAGGGCAUUGGGUCCCCAGACAUCCUUGAGGAGGAGAAGGCGGAGGACUUGCGGCGGGAGAUGAUCGAGCUCCGGCAGCAGCUGGACAAGGAGCGCUCUGUGCGCAUGAUGCUGGAGGAGCAGAUCCGUUCCCUGGAUGCUCAUCUGUACCCCGAAAAGCUGAAGGUGAUUGCUCAGCAGGUGCAGGAACAGCACAUGCAGACGCAGACGCAGACUCUGCUUCGGCUGCAACAGCAGCAAGAGCAGCUGGAGAGGGAGACGGCCUCACGCAGCCCGCAGGUGUUAACUUCUCCCACGCCUCCAGCUCCAACUCACCACGCCACAGUUAUUGUUCCCGCCCCCACGUUGCCUCACCCGCCCCAUCAUGUCACUGUGGUUACAAUGGGUCCAACCUCUGUCAUCAACACAGCUUCCACAUCACGGCAGAACCUUGACACCAUUGUGCAGGCCAUCCAGCACAUCGAGGGGACACAGGACAAGCUCUGUGGUCUGGAGGAGGAUCAGCGGCGGGCGGUGAUUGUGACCCCGGGCCGCAUCACCCAGGAUGGCACUAGCUCAGACACUGCCUCCGACAGCGAGGCCCACGAGGACGACUCCCUGCCCUGAACCCCGUCCGCGUCGGGGCGAGCGCCGAGGGCCGGCCCUUGGGGAGAGACUCCCACACACAAGCAGCACUCUGACUCGCACUCGAAAGACUGACUGUCAGACAAAUCGUUUUUAGACCCAAGCUUACGUACACCCAGGUGUACAAGCCCCACCCCCCAAUCUUACUCUUUGAAACAUACAUUUGUAUGCUUGCAUAACUAUUGAAAGCUAGUUGCGAGGAGCUGAGGACGAGGACAAGGACACACUACCAGUGAUGCUCUCUACAGUCUGCUCUCCGUCGCCACUUCCCCCUGUUCUGGGUCCUCCUUUCGUGGCGGUCGAUGGUGAACGUGGAAAGUGCAAGACUUUUUUUUAAAAAAGAAGGACCACGACACCCAUCUACGCACCGAACCCUGCCCUCUAUGAGAAAGACAUUCAGCUUCUUUCCUUUCCAGUUGCCUCCUGGGGGGAGGCCACCAUACAGCUUGACACUGUGAGCCUUUCGAUAUUUCCACCCGUUUCAGACUUUUCGCUUCGGAAUCGGGCGAAAUGUUGAAAGUUGGCUUUUUUGGUGUUCCUCCUUUUGAUUUUUUUUUUUUUUUUUAAGGUGUAUUUUGCGCUGUUCUUUUAAGCAAGUUCCAGUUCUCUGUUGGUCUCCUUUCGCUUCGUGUUAGCUGGAUAAUCACAAACGUUUUCAAUAAGACGAGUCGAGAGCGAGACGUGCAGCAGGCGACAGCCGUGCAGGAGUGUACGGAUGGGGUAAGGGUGUCCGCCACGGAGAGGGCGCUUCUCAGAGUGCUCCUAUGUCUGCGCUGACACUCUCACUCGCACAGCCCCAUGGGACUGAGCUGAUGUUCAUUCACACCUGAAGGGAAAUGUGCUGCUCUUUCUCGUUGGCAGCAGGGUUAGGGUUACUGUUCCAUUGUAACGCUCUCAACAUUUUGUCCUCUUUUUUUUUUUUUUUUUUCUUCCUUUUUCUUUUAUGUGAAAUAGUUUCCCGAAUGCCGUCGAUAAGCUAUUCUGCAGGGCUUGCUGGGUCAUGCCCUGCAGGAGAUCUUUACAGUUUUGAUUCCUUUUAUAGUUGAUUCCCUUCAGGUUUUUUCCCUGAGAUUCGAGCUGUUUUUGUGCGACAGCGUUCGCGCUCUGUGUGGGCGUGGCUGCCUUUCACACAUCGUAUAUGUGUGUAUCGCGUCGGCUGUCGGUGCGAAGGCAGUGCUGGGCUGACUUACUCAGCCCGCACGUUUAUCUAUGCAGCUGCAAAAUACACACGCGCACACUUGUGCUCAUUUGAGUAACACACCUGCUUGCCCUGCAAUGAUCUCCCGCUGUAGCUCUGGAUGCCCUCAAUCAGUCGCUCACGAUUUUUCUUUAGUUCUCUCUAGUGAACUAAUUAAUGUGCCCCCAGUACCGUGGGUACAAGGGGCUCUUGUGGUGUCAUUCCCACCCAGACUUGAACAUCACGCUGUCUGUUUAACUAGUGGUCAAUAAGGUUCUGUGCUACUUGAAAGAUGGCGAAGACUGGGAACCGUAGACAAAGUUGUGCGGGGCCUACGUCCGGUCUCAUCCCUUGCAGGUGCUAUAUUUGUACCACAUGGGGGGCGCUGUGAUAUUUUUUAAGAAAAAAAAAAAGAAUCUUUAUACGUGUAUAUUUAUGUAAAUAUGCCAGCUUAUAUUCUGUACGUCGUAAUUUGUCUCGUACGUCGUUUCAGAGCCUGGUAAACGAAGGGCUGUGAAGCGAUUCGAUAUGCCCACAUGUAGGAAUUGCAUGUGCUUAAAAACAAACAAACAAACAAAA